CCACCAACCGUUUAUAUAGCCUUGCCACCAACUUCCCACACCUCUGACCGGAACUGCAUGCGAAGACCAUCUGUGCGCUACCUACUUUUGCCUGGCAUUGAAUGGAUGAAUUUUAUGUUAAUGAGCAAUAUUUACUGUGGAAAAUCAGCCUUGGGGAGAUUAUCUCAGUUCAACUGCUUCUACCGGAUCUACAGGUCUCAAGAUUACUUCUGAAAGUGAACACUGCUGUGAGUGAAGUUGGGCGCAGUUGGAUCUGUCUUGGUCGGGCCGCGCGGCAAUGAUGCAGUCUGUGCUGCGGUUGGCGGGCACGAUGCUGUGCCGGUCGACUGCUCGGCCGUGCCUGUCGGCGGGCGCGGCGCUGUGCCAGUCAGCGGCUCGGCCGUCCCCGUCAGCAGGCCUGCGUACCUCGGCCGUCGCCCUGGCCGGUCCGGUUGGCGCGGAGCCCCCGCUGGAGCUGCGGCCACUGAACAAGGAUCGCAGCAACCCGGUACCGGUGGAGACGAGCAUCGCUUACCUGCAGAGCGCCGCCUACCGGGCCACCUACGGCUCUGAGCCCGUGUGGCGCAGCUACCGACGCAACCACAAGGGCCACAUUCCGCCGCGCAAGACGCGGCGCACGUGCAUACGCGGUGGCCAACUGAGCACUGGCAAUCCUGACACGUCGCGCACUGGCCUCUGCCAGGUGAAGCACCGCGAACUGCUGGCCGCCAUGACCAAGGCUAGGGAGUACGGCACGCUGGCGUUUGACGUGCCCUUCCGGGUUUACGACUACAGCGAAUAUAAGCCGAGCGCGGCCUAGUCAUGAGUGAUAGGGUGGUUAGGUGAGGGAAGUGGCAUGUUUGUUAUCGCUUGCUUGGAAACAUGAGCGCGAGCUGGUUUAUUGAACUGUAUGACCUAUGUGCUGUCUGCAUUGCGAGUGCUAUUUACAACCAGCAACAGGUUCGCAAGCCCCAUUGGAGAAUAAACUCUGUCGUUUAUAA